GGCGCCACGCUCACAGGCGCCUCCGAGGUUUCACCUCAAACGGCAGCUGCGACCAGCACAGCGCUUUGAAUGUUGGUGUAUUGAUACAGAGUUAUGUGUGAAAGGGAAGGUGAGAGGUGUUUGGCUCCUAAUCCUCUUAGCAGCAUUAUGCUGAGCCUCGUUCAAGCCCUGACAUGCGGUGCGCCCUUGUAGCUCCCCAAAAACCGGAGUCAGCAUCUCUGCGUCCGUUACGCACAGCUGGAGGGACGGUCCGCAGCGGCGAGGGGCCGAGCAGCCGGCGGUACAGUCCUUCCACAGGUUGAAGCUGCCAGCUGUAAAAGAUGAAACACACUGUGUGCACAUGUGUGUGUCUCCUCUCUGACAGUGGUGUCUUCUCGCCACACAACGCUGCUGGAACUAUCAAGGAAUAGCAAUGCAUCUGACAUAGCUUCCUGUUUGGAGUCGAGACCACGAGGGCAAUGAACGUGCACUCGCCUCUGAGGAGGAGACUCAGGCGCAGUCGCGUCCUCUUCUUCAUCUCAGGUGUGCUGCUGUGUUUUGUCUACACUCUGACUCUGAAAGCCAGGCUGUCAGAGCCGCAAGCCGCCGCGCAGACGGAUGACGCUCUCAGAGCAGAGGCGGGUGAUGAUGAUGAUGUUGUGGAGGUCAACAUUCGGGAAGUGAUGGCAUCCAAUGAGACGGAGGAGGUGGUUGUCCCACCUGAGAGCAGCAAACCUCCUCUGGUGAUAACGGUCAACAGGACAGAUAUCGAACAGUGUAUCUACGUAGAUCCUCAACCCCCCAAACCUCUUCCAACUCCAACUCCUCCGCCAUCAACCACUGCAGCUUCCCCACGUCCCCCGCCCCAGCUCCCUAGCAGGAAGGGUGAGUACCCAGAGGACCUGUUCUCGGUGGAGCAGCGACAACAAGGCUGGGUGUCCCUGCACAUCAUGGGCAUGACCUACAUGUUUGUCGCCUUGGCCAUCGUCUGCGAUGAGUUCUUCGUUCCUGCGCUGGAGGUCAUCACCGUCAGGAUGGAGAUUUCUGACGACGUGGCCGGAGCCACCUUCAUGGCAGCCGGAGGCUCUGCCCCUGAGCUCUUCACCUCCCUGAUCGGUGUCUUCAUCUCCCACAGCAAUGUGGGCAUCGGCACCAUCGUGGGCUCAGCUGUCUUCAACAUCCUGUUUGUGAUCGGCAUGUGUGCCAUUUUCUCCCGGGAGAUGCUGCACCUGACUUGGUGGCCUCUGUUCCGUGACGUGACCUUCUACAUCCUGGACCUUAUCAUGCUCAUCAUCUUCUUCCUGGACAGCGUGAUCCUGUGGUGGGAGAGCAUCUUGCUGGUGAUGGGCUACAUCAGCUACGUGAGCUUCAUGAAGUUCAACAGCCAGAUCGAGCAAGCGGUCAAGACCCAGCUCAACAAGCACAUGAGUAUCGUCAAGGUGUGGACCGCAGAGGAGCCGGAGAAGGAGAGUGAAGCUCCACCACCACCACCUCCUGCUGCUGCUCCUCCCCCUGCACCAAAAGCUGAAGAGAAAUCCAAACCAGAACCUGAACCGCCCCCGAGCAGCCCUCAUCGCAGCAAACCACCGUCAGACUCACAGGACGACAAAGCAAGACUCAGGGUACGCCCUGUCCUGCAGCGAGGCGGCAGCUCGGCCUCUCUCCACAACACGUCGCUACGGAGCACCAUCUUCCAGCUGAUGAUCCACACACUGGACCCUCUGGGAGAAGAGGCAGCCCUUAGAGGGGCUCUUAAAACCCCCGGCCCAAGGAAAGCCAGACGAGAGACGUCCUUUAACGGUGAUGUCAGAGGGGAGGGGUCAGUGCAGAGGAAAGCAAAGAACAAAGUAAAGCCUCUGAACAUCCCGGUCACGGGCAAAUUACAGAGCAAGUCACAGCAGCGACACGCUGAAGAUGGUGAUCAGAAGCCAAAGUCCGAGCAGGCCGCUGCUGCUGAUCCACCAGGGGGCGCUGCAGCCGAGCCGUCCACCUCACAGCCUCCAAAGACAGAGGAGACGACUGAGAAGACGUCGGACCAGCCGGACGAGUCCAAGGCGGCAGCAGCAGCUGGAGGAUCCGACGGCUCAGGGGGCAGCGAUGAAGACGAGAGCGAUGGCGAGGAAAGCAGCGACUCUGGUGAGGGUGAAGGCGAUAACGAUGAGGAUGAUGAUGACGGAAACAAGGAGGAAGAGGAGAAGGAGGAAGCAGAGGAGGAGAAUGAGCCGUUGUCUUUGGAGUGGCCGGAAACCAGACGGAAGCAGGCGACCUACCUGUUCCUGCUGCCCAUCGUGUUCCCGCUGUGGCUCACGCUGCCCGACGUCCGCAACCUGGCGUCCAGGAGAUAUUUUGUCAUGACGUUUAUCGGCUCCAUCCUGUGGAUCGGAGUUUUCUCCUACUUGAUGGUGUGGUGGGCUCAUCAGGUGGGUGAGACCAUCGGCAUCUCAGAGGAAAUCAUGGGCCUGACCAUCCUGGCGGCCGGGACGUCCAUCCCUGACCUGAUCACCAGUGUGAUCGUGGCCCGGAAAGGUCUGGGGGACAUGGCGGUGUCCAGCUCAGUGGGCAGUAACAUCUUUGACAUCACUGUAGGCCUGCCGGUCCCCUGGCUCAUUUACACUCUGCUGAACAACGGCAAGCCGGUAACCGUCAGCUCCAAUGGCCUGUUCUGCGCCAUUGUGCUGCUCUUCCUCAUGCUCAUCUUCGUCAUCGUUUCAAUCGCUGUCUGUCGCUGGAAGAUGAGCCGAAUGUUGGGCCUCACCAUGUUCGUACUGUACUUUGUGUUCCUCGUCCUCAGCGUCCUGCUGGAGGAUCGCAUCCUCAUCUGCCCGGUCUCAAUCUGAGCUGAACGAGGGAUCGAGGAGGAGAGCGAACAGCGCCGGCUGUACAUGACUUAGUACGUCCAGACAGGAUCUGUACUGUACGUAGGAUGUGUUAGAUAUUACCAAGCCCGAUGUCAAAAGGCUGACCUGGAUCAGAGUAGACACAGAGUAGAAACACAUAACUAAACGAGCAGUGAUGUUAAAGGAAAAAUCCACCCUCAGCACAGCUUCCCACAACUAGUCUGUGAUCUUUAUAAUUUUCCAGCAGCUACUUUGUGGUAACUUUGUGUCAUAUUCUAUAACUACAAGCAUUAUAAAUGUGCACGUACAAACUAUUGACUUUCUACUAUACAGGAAGGAGUGAACGAGGAAAGGAUUUUGGACACUGUCCUGGUGUGCAUAAUUAUCCAGAAUGCAUUUCUGCAGAGAGGGGGUCUGAACUGUGUCACGUGCACAGAGGUGAUGAGUCUUGAUGAGAAAAAUGUGCUUAUUCUCAUUCACUUUAUCAGGAAAUUGUAAAUAUGCAGACGUUGGUUUCAGGCUCAAAUCCUCGUCACCACAUUAUUUCACUCUGUCUGAUGUGCACCUGUUGUUUUCUAUGUAAGCCUUUUUACACGGCUCAGCAGCUGCUACCAGAGUCGGGGGGGUGAACAUACGUAAUAGGCCUUGGAGUUACUUAAGAGAAUUUGGCUGAACCAAACUUUCAAAUCCAAGAAAACACAUACAAACUAAAUUUGAGCAGAAACAGCAGUUUUACAUAUAUCACGUAUCAAAUCAAUAUGAAUUUUGUUGGAAAAAUCAUCUGUAUUAUCAUCCUGUACGAGCAAGAAUCUAUGUAAUUAUGUUUAGGGUGCAAAAGAAAAUUAACAGUGUUCCUCCUUAGUUUUACUAAAAUGUAACUUGUACCCGCAGUGAAUUUGUCUUUGUCCUGUACCUGUGUGUGUGCGAACUUGUCCUUACAACUUUUCUACAAUUUAUUUCUCCUUAUAAGACUUUUGAAUUUGGGUGUAAAAUCAUAGCUGUAGAGGAAACCCCUGUUUUUUGAUUUUGGGGAUUUCUGGCACAAAAACACAAAUUGUAGUUUCAGAUUGCUGAGACAUUUUCUAACUUCAUUGUAGCUGCUGGAAAUAUGUGGACACGAUCUCACUUCGUCUGUAGCUGGUCAGAAAAUAUAAAUAUACACCAAACAAUAAAAUGGUAUCACAGAUGCAAAAUACAACACAUCUCCACUGACUGUUUCAGUUAGCAGUGUCUAACUGUUGUUGGAUUUUUCCUUUUCAUAUUGUGAGCAUAAUGCUUCUGGAGCAUCCCUGAGGUGACUUUAAUAGAUUAAUUAAAUACAUGAUUUCCGUUCCCGCAGUGACAGUGCAGAUUCACUGCGCAGUGAUAUAAAAUCAGUGGAUGCAACUUCAGUUUUGUAUGUUCAGUAUUUUAUGAACUGUAUCCCUAAAACUGUUGUUCCGUAUUCAACCAUUCAAAAUAGUGUUUGUUCAUGUUCAGUGUGUAAAAGAGAGUUUUUGUGUGAAACAGUACUUUGUUGCGUCGACAUAACUGUGGUGGAGAGAAACAGUGAUUUGUAUGUGUGUCAGGUAAACGUGUAUCAGACAGGUGUCACAUUGUCAGCUGUUAGUGUCUCGUUAAAUGCUCUUGUUGGAUUGAAGUGGAUGCAAACGUGUAUUAUUGAUAGGAAAACUGUCAAUAUUUCAGAUUAAAAUUCCUUGCUGCAAUAAAUUAUUUUUUUAACAGUGA